CCCUCCCUUCCCCCUUCCCCCUCCCCACUUCGUCGUCAGUGCACCAAAUGAUCGAUGCUCGUUUCACAACGGGCAACAAAGAAAGAACCCAUGGAAGUAAUGAUGGCUGUUGUUGCGGCUACUGCUACUGCUACUGCUAGGGUGCUAAAGCCUAAUGCUACAGCACUACUCGUACUGCUGGCCAGCGGGGUCCGACUUCAGCGACCAGCAGCUGAAGAAGGCAGAUCGCUGUGCCGGAGGUCCAUUCUCACCUGCAGGGUUGGCAAGAUAGCACACACCACACAUACACUAACCUCUAGGAACCCACUCUGUAUGACGACAUUAUUCUUUGUACUUGGAGGCGAUUAUUUGAUUGAUUUAGCCUGUUCUUCCCGUCCCCGAUAUGGAGGUACUGUACUCCAUGGAUGUACAGUACUGACCAUCUGCCAGCACAGCAGGAGGCUACGUCGGGGAAAGAAAAAGUACCGCACCCCAUGAAAAGAAUGAUGGCCACCAUUGGUUCCUUGGGGUGCUUACGGCAGCAUUCCGCCUCUGCCAGUGCAGUGCCCUGGACAACCAUCUUGCCCAGCUGC